AUGACGGGUGCGGACGUGACCAAGAGGCCGAAAGGUGCAUAUGACUUGGUUGGUAAGAACCUCAAGCUAAAUACACGGGAGGAUAUUGCCCCGUAUGUGUCUGAGAUUGAACAGAUGGAGCCUCUCGUUGAGAUCCAUUUGGGCGGCAACACGCUCGGUGUGGGUGCCUGCAUGGCGCUGGCUGACGUGUUGAAGACGAAAAAGACGCUCAAGGUCGCGGACCUCGCUGAUAUUUUUACUGGGCGACUUAUCACUGAAAUCCCAGAUUCGCUGCGCGCCUUGUGUGAUGCCAUGGUCGACCUGCCGGAGCUCGAGGAGGUCAAUCUGUCGGACAACGCCUUUGGAGGCCGUUCUGCGGAACCUAUGGUGAACCUGCUCACAAACAACCACCACAUUCGCAUUCUGAAGCUGAGCAACAAUGGCCUGGGUGUGUCAGGUGGUACGAUCGUUGCGGAUGCGCUGUAUGAGGCUGCGCAAAAGCUCAAGGAGAAGGGCGAAGCAAGCCAGCUUCGCAGUCUGAUUUGUGGUCGUAACCGCCUGGAAAACGGCUCGGCACCUAACUGGGCGCGCGCAUUUGCUGCCCAUGGUGGUCUCAAGGAAGUGCGCAUGUACCAAAACGGUAUCCGCAUGGAAGGUGUCAAGGCCAUUUGUGAGGGUCUGUCGCAGUGCAAGGACCUAGAGGUGCUGGACCUGCAGGACAACACUGCCACGUUCCGUGGGUCGCAUGCUGUGGCGACAGCCCUACCGAACUGGCCUCAUCUGCGUGUACUAAAUCUGUCUGACUGCUUGCUCAAGUCUCGGGGUGGUGGUCUGCUGUUCGAGACUCUCAGCUAUGGUCAUAACAAAAAGCUCGAGGCACUGCAUGUGCAGUACUGUGAUCUUGACCGCAAGUCACUGCACAAACUCGGCGAGGCGAUUGAGCUGCACUUGAGUGAGCUCUCUCUCCUGGAAAUUAACGGCAACUUUGCUGAUGAAGAGGAUCCCUCCAUCAACAGGAUUAUCGCCGCACUGGAAAAGUGGGGUAAGACAGAUGUGCUGGAUGAAUUAGAUGAGAUGGAUCCUGAGGGCGAGGAGGAUCCUGAUGACGACGACGACGACGACGACGAAGAGGAGGAGGACAAGCCGGAUGCAGAGGCGGAUGAGCUGGCCGACAAGCUGGCCAGCGCACGUAUUGCUGCCUAA